AAGAAAAGGCUUUCUUCUCUGUCUGUUCGAAGAAAGUUGAGAAGAAAUUCACUUUCUGUUCGAAGUACAUCCCUACCAACCACUGACUCUGAGUGAUUUAGAUCUAAACCCUAUCUCCGUUACUCUCAGUCUCUCGUUCGUCGCCGACGCCGUUGCUUGCCGCAUCUGUCAGACUCCAUCGCCAUCUCUACAGAGUGAGCUCGCCGCAUCUGGUUACUGGUGAUACAGCUAUAGUGUAUAAGGUCAUCUUUGCUGGGCUGUCUGCUUUCUGCUUCAUGCCAGCAUUUCACUCUUCAAAGCUAUUCUUUGUUCUGUUAGUCGAGUCAGAACUCAUGCAAGAUAGCGAUGGAUGUCUUGCAAAAAAGCAGUGAAAGAAUCCCUUUGAGUCAGAGGCCUGAAUAUGCCGAUGUGAAGCCUGUCCCCCAGGAUGACGGUCCAAAUCCCAUUGUCCCUAUCUCCUAUACUGAUGAAUUUAGAGAGACAAUGGACUAUUUUAGAGCAAUAUAUGUAGCCGAUGAGCAGUCUCAUCGAGCUCUUCAACUCACCACAGAAGCCAUCAAACUUAACCCUGGAAAUUACACUGUAUGGCAAUUUAGGCGGCUAGUACUCGAGGCGCUUAAUGCUGACAUGAACAAGGAAUUGGACUUUUCGGAUGGCAUUGUGGAAGGAAACUCUAAGAAUUAUCAGAUAUGGCACCAUAGGCGUUGGGUUGCUGAAAAUUUGGGAACUGAUGCUUCAACUAGGGAGCUUGAGUUCACAAAGAAAAUUCUUUCUAAGGAUGCAAAACAUUAUCAUGCCUGGUCUCAUAGACAGUGGGUCCUUCAGGCACUUGGCGGAUGGAAAGAUGAGCUAGCCUAUUGUGAACUACUCCUCAAAGAUGACAUUUUCAAUAAUUCUGCUUGGAAUCAGAGAUAUUUUGUUGUAACAAGAUCUCCUCUCCUUGGAGGCCUGGGGGCAAUGAGGGAGUCAGAAGUAACUUGUACAGUUAAUGCAAUUAUGGAGCAUCCUGAAAAUGAAAGUCCUUGGAGGUACCUUCGAGGCUUAUACAGAAAUGAUACACAGGCUCUAGUUAAAGACCCUCAAGUAGCGUCAGUUUGCUUAAAGAUUUUGACUGCCAAAAACAAUUACGUGCACGCCCUCAGCAUGCUUUUGGACCUUCUCUGCCAUGGUUUCCAGCCUAGCCUGGAGAUAAGAAAUGCUGUCUAUGGUCUUUCUGACUCGGGUGCCCAAGGUUCUGAUUUGGUGAAAGUGGUCUGUUCUAUCCUAGAACUUGUAGAUCCAAUUAGAGCAAACUAUUGGAAGUGGCGGAGGAACAUGGCGCCUGCUCAAGCAGCUCAAUGCUUGAAAGAUGAUGGAUUGACUGGUUUGAGUUUAUAAAGGUGCCCAUAGAUCUUUCGUCUUAUCUUACCUUAUUUCUCUACUCGUCGGUAUUAUCAGAGGAGAGAGAUCCUGCAUAGAAAAGAACUUCUUAUGUGGAAAGUCCUUGUGUUGCUCUUGACACCGCCAUAUUGAACUAUCCUUUUGUUGCAACACCACCAUAUUGAACUACCCACUGUAGCUGAACCUCUAAUUUACUCGAUUUGAGUACCGGAUAAAGGAUGCAAUCGAAACAUAUAAGCUCUGCAA